GCGAGCGAGAAAAAUCAAAACGGGUCCGAGUUGCUGCCGGAGGGGAGACGGUGUUCGUUGAGAUAAAAAUAAACGUUUGAAUCCCCAAUUCUGUCAAAAAACAACCAGACUGGAAAGACACACAUUUCUUCGUUAUCAUGAGCUGGGCAGUGGAGGAAUGGAAAUCCGAACUCUCCAGCAAAGCUCUGCAGAAAAUAUCCGAAUACGAGACCCAGCUGGAGAAACUGAAGAAGGAGCGACAACAAAAGCAGCUUCAAUUGGACAGUUUAGAAGAUGCAUUCCGGAAACACAACCAAAAGCUUGAAGAUGAACGGAAUGAGAAUGUGGCAUUGAAGAGAGACACACAGGGUCUGACAGAGGCACGCAACAGUCUAGAGAAGGCACAGCAGAGACUAUGCCACGAGAUUCAGGUAAAGGAGGCCCUGGUAUGCAGUCUGGAGGGGCAGCUGCUGGCAGCAAAGAAACAGAUAGACAACCUGGAGCAAGAACUAAAAAGGCUAGAAGCAGAGCUUGAGCGAAGUCAAAGGGCCUCAACACCAACAGAAUGCCAGCUCCACCUAACUCCAGCUAAGAUCUAUCCUGGGUGUUCCACGCUCAGCAGGCCUAAUGAGGGUUCAAGACUGGAUGAGCUGCAAGAAAAGUAUAACCAGGAGAUAGAGGAGAAGAAGCGACUAGUUUCAGAGGUGAAAGCUCUGAAACUGCAGGUUCAACAGUUGCAGUUCAGCAGCAACAAGAGUCACCGGGAAAGUGCUCCACAGCAGAUUAGAGCCUCUACGUUUUCGUGGCAGCAAGAGGGAACACCAACUCGGGUGCCCGAGAGUCCUGUUGGGCGAGGAUCACCCUCCUCUGUAUUUCCAUGGGAGCAGCCGAGAUCCCCUCCGUACUACAAUUCCAGCAGCCAGAAACAGAAUGGCAACAAAUCCGGUACCCUUGGAUCGAAGCCUGGGAGUGACCAACUCAGUCCUCUCGAGGUGUCUGCAAAUGCUGAAGUGCAGGAAUUGAGGAAAGAAAACCAAGUGCUGCAGAGUAUGAUGUCUGAGCUGGAGGUGUGGGUUCACUCCCAGGAGAAAGAGAUUAAAAAUCACCUGAACAAGUUGCAGGAAGUGCAGUCGCACCUGGAGAAAUCCAGAACCGAGCUGGCGAUGAAAGAACAAGCUUUGGCGAAGAGCAGAGAUGACCUAAUGAGAGCAACCAUACAGCAGGAGCAGAACAACAACAAGUGUGCAAUUCUAGAGCAGAAACUGAAGCAGGUUGCUGAGGAGCUGAGCUGUCAGAGGCAGAAUGCAGAAAGUGCUCGACGCCUGAUGGAGCAGAAGUUAAAGGACAAAGAGAAAGAACAUCAGCAGGAGCUGUCUGAUCAGCAACGUGCAUAUCGUAAUCUGGAACAUCAGUGCAAGCAAGAGAAAAACCAACUAAACCAGGAGAUCCAGAAACUCAAGAAUGAGCAUCUGGCUUUACAAUCUACAAUGGAUAAAAUGGCAGCACAGAGACAGCAGGUGGACAGAGAGUUGGAGGAGGUCAAAACUAAUUUUCACUGUGCAGAAAAGGAACUAGCGACUUACCAAAGAAAAGGGGACACUCUGCAGAAAAGUCUCCAGGAAGCGCUGGAGGCAAAAGGCCGCUUUGCUGACUGGCACGACCAAAGCACUCAGAGAAUCAUGCACCUGGAAGCACAGCUGAAAAAGUUGGAGAAAGAGCUGGCUCGGAGUCAGAAAUUGAGAGAAGGAGAUAAAUUUGAGAACAUGGCUCUUGCAUCCAAACUUAAUGAUCUUCAAAAGAAACUGGAUUAUGCAUUUCAACCGGACUGUAGGAGCAUGCAUCUGUCGCCAGAGAUGUGCAAGUUGAACAGAAGUGAUGGGAAUGAGGUCAAUGAGUGUGACAUAGGUGAGGAGCAAGAGAACAGUCAGUCAAACGAUGAGCAGUCUGAUAACGCAGGUGCGGUUGUGGGAUUGUCGCUGAAAGCUGGAGAGGAAAUGUUGGGCUCGAAGGAAGGAAGUCAACUUGGAGAAUUACCAACGAAGUCUGUUAGCUUGGACCAAGAUAGCGGCACCAAUCUGGAAAAAGAUCCAAAUUUCAACAUUGAAAUAAAAGCUGAAGUUGUGCAAAGAGGAACUUCGACCGAAUCCCAAAGCUUGAAAGAAACAAGGAAUGUCCUCCCAGAUCCUGAGGAGAAAAUGGGAACACAAUUCCAGGAAGUCAGCAAAGAGACCAUUAAGGAACUUGAAAUGGAUGGGUUGGAAAAUGCAGCUGUGCUCAGAGAGCCAGUAGAGAAAGGUGAGGGGAUGAUCGACUUGCUUGAUAAACCGAUUACAGUUUCUGUACGUCUAAGAGAAUGUGAGGUGGAACUGGAUGCAGUAAAGUCUGAAAAGCAGAUGUUACAGCAGGAGCUGGAUGAUAUGAAGCAAACACUUGAUAGCAAAGUGCUCGAAGGCCGGAAAAAUCAACAGACUAUUGUGGAGCUGAGACGGAAGCUAAAGAAGGCAACGCAAAAACGCACUGCAGAGACUGAACACUCCACUCCACUGGUUACUUUGCAGGCGGGACAGAUCAGUGCUCUGGAAAAAGAUCUGGAGCACGAAAGAGUCAAGGUGGCAAGGCUACAAGAGACCAAUAGGUUGCUGGAGCUUGAGUGUAGUAGAAUCUCUGAUCUAACAAGAUCCAUUGAUGGCCAUGUGAGACCAAAUGAAGAUGAAAUUCAGAUCCUGCAAAACGUCGCUUCUAAGAAGAUAGAAAGGCUUGAACAACAGAUAGUGGAUCUUAACAGUGAAAAGACUUGCAUUGAGGAGAUCAUAAAAGCAAGUAGUUGGACGUUUGUUGCUGAGAGCAGUGAUCUUCCCCUGGAAAAUCUACAAAGCCAAGAUGCUGAAAACCUUGAGGUUAACAAGAUAUCACCAAACCAUCUGGGUUGUGACUCAGGAGAAAUGCUAGAACAGAAACUAAAUGAGGAGAGAGAUCAUUGUGUAGAAGUCGUCAAGGCGGGCAACGAGAGGAGCUAUGAGGAGGAUGGUCGAGAGCUCUUCCUGGAACAACUGAAGCACAAAGUUGCUGAGCAACUUGAGUUUGACAAGCAGUCACUAGAACAUUUGAAACAAGUAGGUGAACUUAAGAAAAAAUGUCAAGAACUGACCACUGAGAAGGAGCAAGAAGAAAAAGCCAAAAGGCAAGCUCAAGAAAAUUUUGACAGUCUACAGUCGAGAAUUCACAGGGAAACGCAGCAGUUGACAGUAGCAUUGGAAACCCAAAGUAAGAACAUCGAGGGUCUUCUCCUGAGCAUGGAGGAGAAGGACCAGACCAUUCAGGUUUUGAAUGGGCGCCUGCAAGAUACUUUCAAUGUUCUGUCGUGCCUUCAAAAGGAGAACUUUGAGCUGAAAACCAACUUGAAGGUGGUCUUGCAGUCCAAACAGAAGUAUGCUGACAGUGCAGCUUUAUCAAGGGAUGCCAUACUGGAGCAAACCAGUGAGGGGUCGCUUCCUCAGGGCGAUCCAAGUGAGAAUGAAAGUGGCAAUGUGCUGUCCGUGCAAAACUUGGGGUUGGGUGAACGAGCCGCCAUGGUGCCUGCUGAUGGAAUGGUUCAAAACUCUGAGCCCGGCCACAGUAAAAAUGUAUUUGAUACUCUGCUGCUGCCCAAAGAGCAAGCUGUUUCUCCGGCUCUGGGCGACCAGUGUGAAGAAACAAAGAUGCCCUCUGAUGUAUUGAAACUGAAAGAGGACCCUGAAAUACAGGCGCAGCAGCACACACUUUGCUAUCAAAACUUGUUUAAUGCUAUGUUGGCUGUACCGAAGGAACAGGGGGUAAGAUCUGUUCCAGCUGCAAAGCCGACCUCUGGCACACCUGAGAUGCCAUCCACAGUUAAUUCUGCAAAUCAGGAUAUGAAUGAGCUGCCACAGGAUAUUGAAAACCAAGGGCAACCCAUGAAACUGAAUUCUGAGCAGAGAAAUGAUGGCAGUGUUGCCCGGCAUUCCAUCAGCCUUCAGGGGACAAGUGGUUCAAUGCAGAAGGAGUUGUUGGCCUAUUGUAUCAAGAAGUUUUGUGAUGAAACUGAAACACUAAUUGAAGAGGGAACAACAGAAAUUGCUGACUCUAAGCUUGCUCUUGCUCUUAAAGAAAAGAAGCCAGUUGAUGAAUUGAGAACGGAGGAAGAGCUGGUUGAAGAAGUGGAAAGGGUAAUAGGCAAGUUGACUGACGCCUUGCAUGUUUCAGAGGAGGAGCUCAAAGAGACAAAGGAAUUGAACCAGCAAGUGGUCAGCGGCUUGAACAAGGAAUUAAAUCUCUUGCGUUCAAAAUGUGCCAGACUGGAACAAGAAAAGGAGCAGCUUCAUUUGGAAGUUCAGAAAGCCCAGGAAACAGCUAGUGACAAGCUGUCUGAGAAAGAAGACUUGAUGAACGCAAUCCAAUCCAGUGAGGCCCGGCUUAGAGCAAGUACCGAAGAGAAGAGCCACCUGAAGCAAGAGUUAAAGGCGCUGCGAGAUUGGAAGCAGAAGGUUCUAGAAGAUGGUGUUGGUUCGGAAUCUCGGAAGGAAAGUGGCCAGGGAGAACCAUGUGCAUUGCAGGAGUCUGUGCUCAAGGUGAGCAACCAGAUCCAGCGACUGGAAGAAGAACAUGAGACCCUAAAAAACAUAGCUGAAACUGCAAAGCACUCCCAGAAACAGCUUCAGGAAGAAUUGGAGACAAUCCAAUCUAAAAAGUCUGCACUCCAGAAUCAGGUUGACCAUCUGCAGAAAAGGGUUGUUGAGCUGAACAGAGAGAAUAUGGAACUGCGUGCCAGGUUGAAACUGUGGGAAAGAAACUCUGCUGUCAAAGAGGAUGUGCCCAAGGAAGUUCUGCGGGUAAAUGGUCUUCACAAGACCAUCAUGCCAGAAGGCAGUCAGCAGCAAGAUACUGCGCAGGUCAUAGCAUGCAAACUUGGUGCUAAUCUGGAGGCUUUGAGACAAACCGUUCAAGGGAAACGUGAAGAGAUUGAUAACAAUCUGCUCAGCUACUCUGAUUUGCAAAACAAAGACCAAGAGGUGAAAGUGGCCAACAAGAUCUUGUCUAAAGCUCUGGACCACUUCCAUGAUCGCAGAUCUGAAACUGUGGCCAGUGGUCAGUGGCCUGCUGCACGUUUGAAGGCACAAUCUUCAACUGAAGAGAGGAAGCCAGAUGCUGGACGACAGAUUGGUGGAGACCCCACUCAGGCAGCUGCGCAGGACCAGAAAAAGAGCAACCACAGGUCAAAGGGGCACUCCAAUCCUGAAGAAUACUUGGUGAGACUAAAUCCUGCAGAGCUCGCGAUGCAAAUCAAUACUGCUGAGCUUGCUGCCAGACUGCAGAGGAAUUGGCUAUUCAGGCAUCAUGUGUCUGUAGCGUUUGACGAAACAGAAUAUGAACCGUAUGGAUUACCUGAUGUGGUGCAAAAGGGUUUUGCAGAUAUCCCUUCUGGACCUUCCUGCCCACAUGUCUUGCGACGAGCAACUAUAAACACUACACUUUGGCCCCAGCAACAAAAAGAAGGGCAGUCUGUACUUGCCGCCUUCAAGGCACUAGGUGGUAGCAAUGAGCAGUAGGUACAGAACAUUGAAUCCGAACUGGCAGCGGUUGAAAGUUUCCAGAUGAAUGCUUCAUGGUCCUAGACAAAAUGGAAUCCACUUAUAGUUCUUGAUCAAGGUUUUUUUUAAAAACAAUGUACAUAUUUAGAAUGUUUAAAUGGUGAAUGCAGAUCUCCAGUGUGUCUACCUGUGAGAGAACUGGAUCAGAAUUUAAAGUUGCACAAUAUUUAACUCUGCUGGGGUUAAUGGUGGGUUUGUAAAUGUUGAAGCUACUUCACUUGAUCUUGAUUUAAUUUAUUGAGGCUUUGUUUUUAAAGGAAGGUUUUGUGGGUGUGGCACAAUUCAUUGAAGUGUUGGGCCUUUUGUUACAUGUACAUUAACGCACACCUUUGCAUUUGCAACAUACUCUAAAUCAUUGAUUAUCUCUAAGUCCUCGUCAGGGUAUUGUAUGAAGCAUCCUGAAGAAUACAGUGUUCCUUACAGGUCAGAAGGGGGAUUAGUCCACUGCACAGUACAAUACCUGACAGUGACAGGAGAAAAGGUUUGAUGUUAGCAUAUAUCAUCAGUUCAAAGUGUCGCUUGGUAACACAGAACUUGAGCAUUGCUGCAAAAAGAGACAUGCUGUUGAAGCUUUUGUCUUGCACUCAUCAGGAAAGAAUCAUGUGAGUACAUACCAGAUUUCAAAGGUAGCAAUUAUUUGUAGUACACGAGAGAAAGUUGCUGAUUGGUUGACAUGUCAUUUGACUUGCCUGGUUUGAAUUUAAACAAAGGCUUGGGCAUAUCUGGUGCACUCUCUAUAGCAACACUUACACCAAUUAAUGCCCACUUGCCAGCCAAACUGCACCUUUUUGUCUCAUGAUGUGGAAAUUAUUGUUCCUGUAAAGGUUUGGUGUUCUUGCAAUUCUGUCUCUGAUUACAAGAUAAAAAUCCUCUUUUUAUGACCAUGCUUGUCUGUUCAUUUAAAUUACAGAUUCAUCCUUUUGAUCAUGUACACAAUAAGGAUUAAUCUUUACAGUGUGAAAUAGCCACAAAAAUGAAUAUUGAGCAUGUAAGUUUUCAGAAAGAAGAAAAGCUUCCCAACUUUCUGCAUUGUGUACCUAGUUUAUGCAAUUGGUGUAGGGAUCCAAAUGAAUGGUUUUAUUUAUUCAUAUUUUAUUCAGGAUUUUGAUAAAUGUGAUGGACAAUGUUUUAAUUCAUGUUUUUAAUGAAGACUAUAUCUCUAUUUCAAUGUUGUCAUUUUCAGACUAUUCUUUACAUGGUUGAAAGUAUUAUCUUCUAAGGUUAUUUUCUUCUGUAAUAUAUUAUUGCUUCCAUUUUGGUUCUGUUACACAAUGCUGACGAUGCACUAAAGGAUGUUACUCUCAAAACUUCAGUUUUGUAAGAACAUGAAAGCACAUCUUGUAUUACAGUUGUAAAGUGCGCAAACAAAUCAUUCAUUACUGUGGUUGCAAACAUCUUGUUACGCUUUAUACUUCCCGAUGAAGAUGUUGAUUUUUUAAAAAUUUGUUUCUUCUUUCCGUCUGUGUUCCUGUUUACAUGCGCAACACUUUCAUAAGACUUUAUUUGUUGCCUUGUAGCCACCAAAAGAUGUGACAAUGUUAUGAUUCCACACACAGUGCUGAGUUGGAUCUUAUUGUUACAGCUAGUUUAUCAGAGAUGUAACAGGUUUUAAUAUCCAGACUUGAUGAGUCAGUAAAUUAUUGAGCAGUUUUGCUGUCUUGCAAUUCCUACAUAACCCCAGCGAACAAUAGUUAGGAAUUUACAACAGCUCAGAUAAUAAAUUGAGUGAAAGAUGGCAGAUAAACUGGAAAGAAAUGCCUCCAACACUAAAACAUUUUUGGAGAUAAAUCUCCAUCAUGGUGAUGGAUGACUACUAGUCAGCUGGAACUUGGUAUGGUAAAUUCAAGUUGAAUUAGACUAAAUAGCUUCACCUGCACAGGAACUAGGUUAUUCUGCAUUCUCCAUAACAUUGAGGCAAAUGGUUCUUGUUUCAAAUGGGAAAUUCCACAUGUUUUAACACUAUAUAGGUUCUUUUCUGAUAUUCAAGCUUUCUACCAUUAUCAUCUUUUUCCAGUACAGUCUAAGUCUAUGACAAUGAUUAUGCUUUGUGACUGCCCUGGCACUCUGCCUUAAUCAAGGGAUGACUAGCAUGAAAGCAUCCAUUUUAUUUCAACAUUGGGGAUGGGACUGUGUAUUCCUGAAAGUCUGAUAUGUUGGCAAUGUCAGCUUUUACUUCUUAGUGCUGAUAUCCAUUGAGCAGCUGGAAAACCUCAAGCUCUGUUGUACUUGCCUCUGCACUGAAACUACUCAUUGUGGAGGGUUCGAGCCAGUGUACAUAGUUGGAGUCUCCCUCUGGUCUGUUGACUGCAAAGGAGCCAUUGUGAAUCAGGAUAUCGAUGUGCUUCUUGAGCUCAGCCAGUUAAACCACCUGGAUUCUCGCCCAAGGUAGCCUUGUAGAAAUAUCUGGAAAUCCAUGGUAGUCUCUGUUGGAGAAAACGAAGCGUUUUAGGACAGAGGUUUGCCCAUUAUAUCUUCCCAGUUUUACCUUGCCAGUGGAUUUGAUUCCAGCUUCAGUGCCUCCAGUGUCAAUUAAAACAGUGGCAAUCAUCUUGUUGACUCUCAGCUGUGGUUUCUGUUGCAGUUUGUAAAAUGUAUUUGCUUUAGAUUCAUGUUUGAUUAUCUGAGUAGAAAUCUUUAUCGUGUCCAGCUGCUCAGAGUUCUUCAAACAGCAUAAAGGUGUCCCCAUGUGAGAGAUUGAAUAUGAGCUAUAUAAACUGUAAUCCUUGAGGGUUUCACACUGCUUUUAGCUGCUAAGAGUAUUUUCAUGUGGACAAUAAAAUGAUUGAUGCCAUUGAAAGAAAUAAAACCGCAUAAUGG